AUGAAUUUAUUUAUGAGUGUGGUGAUUCUGUUGAUUUUGUUUCAAUUAGGAUUCGGGCAAGAUUUUGGAUACGAAGGAACUGAAGGUCCAAGUCAUUGGGGUGAAAGAUACCAUCAAUGCGCGGGAAAACAUCAAAGCCCCAUUAACAUCGAAGAACAUAACGUUGAAUUAGUUACAUUACUCCCAAUUAUUUAUAAAAAUUUUGAUAUCCCACCGGAAAGAACCACUUUAACUAAUAAUGGACAUACAGUCGUCUUAAACAUUUCAACCACGGAAAAACCAACGAUAACAGGCGGACCAUUAAUAGGUCAUUACGAGUUUGCUCAAUUACAUUUUCAUUGGGGUUCAAACGACGAGGAAGGAUCAGAAAAUACGAUUAAUAAUUCAAGCUUUCCAAUGGAAAUGCAUAUGGUGUUUUUUAGUUCAUCGUAUGGAUCAAUGUCUGAAGCGGUUUAUCAUCCAGAUGGAGUUUGCGUUUUAGCAUUUUUAUUUUCGAAAAGCGAUGAAAUAAAUCGACUUUAUAGCCCGUUAAUCGAAGCCUUGCCACAUGUAAAUGAUGUCGAUACGAAAAUCGAAAUGGAAAACUUGCCCGGUUUCGACGACUUAUUGAUUAACAAUAGGUCGACUUAUUUUACUUAUAGCGGGUCAUUAACGACGCCUCCGUGUUCUGAGGUGGUGACGUGGAUUGAAUACAGAAGUACGAUUCCUUUGGCACAUUCACAGCUCGAAGAAUUUCGUAAGUUAAAUUCACCACAUGGGAAACUCUCACAUAACUUUAGACCCACGCAACCUUUACAUGGAAGAGCGAUACGUAUGAAUUAUGAUAUAUAUCAUGUUAACGAGGAAAAAAAUUCCCAUGACAAAAUCUGUUUCGAUUUGGUUUUAUUGAUUUUAUGUAGCUUUCUACAAUUUCUUUUUUAGGAGAUUUAUUUAGAUGUUAUUGUCACCUUUUUGCCAUUUUUUGUUGUUGUUGUGAUUUGUAUACGAUUUUUAUUUUUAUUUAAGUAGAAAAUGUUGA